GCAUCCUUUCCAUAAACUCGUAAUAGUACGUAGAAGACUACAGUGGCAAGGACCAUCAUCAUAACGCUCGUCGUCGUCUGUAGGAGGAAUAAACUUGCAAUCAAAAUCGCAAACAAAACCUUCGGUGCUAUUGUGAGAUUUCGUCAGUCGUACGCUAACGGUUGUUUCAUCAACACCGCACUGUUUCCGAAUUCUCUUAGUUUUUUCUCUGGAAAUUGAAAACAUAAUUUCGAAUCCUUAAAUCUAUUUCGAGGACUUUUGUGACAAUUUUUCUUGCAAUUAUUUUAGAAAAUUUUCAAAUUCGCAUUGAGUCAUUAGAAGAGUGUCCUUUGAUAAUAAUUUUUUUAGUCGACAAAAGAAAUAAAAUUGACUUGGUGAGAAACAAAAAGAAGGUCCAUGAAAUCACCCCAAGUGUGUGUUUGGCAUAAAAUCGAUUCCAUAUAAGAUAUCCUGAUGAGCCUCGUGGCAAAAUAGAAAUAAAAAAAAAAGAAAGAAAAGAAAAAUAUUCUUUGUCAAGUUUUUCUUUAUUUCCUCUCCUCUGCUCUCUCCUCCAGCCAGAGUUCGUCCUUGUGUGUAAAUUAUGAUUGAAUUAUAGCCCCGAGAAAGGUGGCAGCAGCGGGCUAAAAACCGGGCAAGAGCAAAUAAAAAUAGGCGUUCGAGAGCCAAAUCGCAGGAUCAACGAAUAUAAAUAAUAAUAAAAUUUGCUGGGAGUUUCGAAUAAAUUUAGAACUCGCGUUUUGGUCGUCCACGAGAAUCUAUUUUGGUGGAAAAAAAUCAAAGAAGAAGAAGACGGAAAGGACGUGUCGUGAGUUGGGUUUUUUUUUUUGAGUGGGUGGUGUUGUCGUGGUCCUUUUUUCGGUUCGAUUGAAGGAGUCCUUUGCCGGUUUUUUUUCUGUGAAUGGCAAGUCCAUUGUAGUCAUUUGUCGGAAGUGGUUGGGUUGCGUCAUUUUUACGUGCAAGUUGUCUUCUUUCCUUAAAAGAGGGUAGCUUUAGUUUGAUUUAAUGCCCUCAGUUAUGUGCGAAUAAAUGAACGUCGUCGUCGUCGAUAUAUCUAUCUCUAUGCCUCUGUCAUAGUCGCGUUUAUAUUGCUGCUAUGCCAUCUCUCUCCUAAUUGACAGCAAAAAUUUCUUCUUCGACGUCGUAGAAAUUCUCGUUGUGGUGGUGGAAAAAGAGGAAAUCAGCCAUAAUAUAACCGCUAAUUGGAUAAUAUUUUGAAGUUUCUAGGAAAUUAGUUUUUGUCCACUGGGGCAUCACUGCUGGAGGGAAGAAGUGAAACUGGCAUAAACAAAAAGACUCCCUAACAAAUGAUGACUACAAAAUCUGAAAAAGAAAAAUGAAAUAUGCUUCGAAUGGCAGGAUCAAAGCUGCUGGCAAAGUUACUGAUUUUAAUUUGUUCCGUAACAAUCAUAUCACUGCUAGCUUUGACGAAAUGUGGUUUUGGUGGUCUAACUGCUGAUGGUGGCUAUGAUAGUGAUGAUGAUGAAUUCAACAAAAUUCCAGUGAUAUCCGCUGUUGCCCAACACCACUCGGUGCCAGCGCCAGCAAACCAACACAAGUUGCGGAACAUCAACGCCGAAAAAACUGCAGCCGAUCAAAAGGAGUACAUCGACUUGCUGCGUCAAAAGGAGGAGGAAUACCGACAGGAAAUCACUCGACUGACAUCCGAAAUAAAAUCUCUGAAACUCCAGCUUAUCCAACUUCGAGGUAAUCAGCCAUUUAACUUUACCAACUCCGUGGCACUUGUUCCACAGUUGGAGCUACUGCAACAGCUUCCAUUGCCAAACACAACAACCACAGCAGGCGGGCAGCAGCAGCAGCAGCAGCAUCACAUCCAAACAGGCGGAGCAACUGGCUCCAUCUAUGAUUGCAGCAGUUACAUACGGAAACAAGUCGGUGCAGCAGAGAUCCUGCGGGGACUUCCUUUGAACAACGAGUACGAGUUGAUUCCAUUCAAUCAUUUCACAUUCAGCCGAGUGUAUCCCAUUGAGCUGGGACUGGGCAAACGGGUGGUAGAAAAGCCAAUUGGCUAUAAACGCAAGGAUCUCUUGGACGCACUGGGUAAGGCUAUCGAGAGUCUCAAUAGAAAUGUCAGUGGCACGACAAAUAUGGGCGCUGGAAUCAAGUAUACCCUGGAUGAUUUCACAGAGGGGAUUUACCGUAAUGAACCUACGACAGGAACACAAUAUGAAUUAUACUUUAGGACAAAAGAGCUAGCACAUAAUCCAACAAAUAGUCAUCAAUAUGGUGGCGGUGGAGGUGGUGGCAAUAGCGGAACUAGCAAUUCUGGUACAAAUGGCGGCACAACAAAAGUUGUUGUUAUGAGACCUUUUGCGCCAUUGCAAACGAUACAAAUGAUCGGCUUUCCAAAAGUCCAUGACAAAGAGUUGAUUCAUAUAAUUCUGCCGUUGUCGGGGCGAACAGCGACAUUUCAGAGUUUCAUGGAAAAGUUUGUGAAGAUUGCAUUGAAAAAUGACCGAAGGGUUCAUUUGACGGUUGUGUAUUUUGGUGAAGAUGGUUUGUCGGAAGCGAGGUCGAUUAUGAGUCGAGUGUUGGCGAUGAAGAAUAGCGGUGGAAAUUCAUCGAAUUUGAAGUUGCUAGCACUGAAUGAAACUUUUUCAAGAGCUAAAGGACUACGUGUGGGUGCUGAACGUGUUUGGGACAAGGACGACAAGAGUAAAGAUGUCCUUUUGUUUAUGUGUGACGUUGACGUUGUGUUCAGUGCCAAAUUUCUCGACCGAUGCCGCUGGAAUGCAAAGGCUGGCAAAAAGGUCUACUAUCCAGUCGUGUUCAGUUUAUACAAUCCACAUGUUGUGUAUACGCUGCAGGGCAAAGAAGUGCCACCUGAAACGGAUCAACUAUUGAUUUCUCGUGAUACUGGCUUCUGGCGUGACUUUGGAUAUGGAAUGACCUGUCAGUACCGGUCAGAUUUUCUAAAGAUACGUGGCUUCGACGAGGAAAUUGUGGGCUGGGGUGGCGAGGAUGUAAUGCUCUAUCGGAAGUACGUUCGUUCGAAUAUUAAAAUCAUCCGUGCCACCGAUCCGGGAAUCUUCCACAUAUGGCAUCCGAAGGUCUGUACUGGAGUAAGCAGUGGCCAACGCUUAACAGCCGAUCAAUAUCGAGCCUGCAUCAGGUCAAGGGCUCUCAAUGAAGCCUCUCAUGCUCAGCUAGGAUUUUUGGCUUUCCGGGACGAUAUUGCUGCCCAUUAUCAUGACAAUAAUACUCACAUUCAGACAAAUAGCAUCCUGUCGUCGUCCUCGGGCAAAGGACAUCAUCCAGUGACACUUUUCGACCAGGCACAAUCGCUGCCUGUUGUGGCAGCCAAGAACAAUAGUGCCAUUGCAGCUGCCUUACCAGUGGCCAAAAACAUCAAGGACAAUAACAUCAAUCCAGCAAGAGCUGGUGGUAAAAAAAAUCGCUCAAGUGAAAAUCGACGAAAACCAGCGACGGGGAACACUUGAUUGUCAAACUGGGAGCAUCAGGAGAGCAUUUGGAAGGUUGAAUUUUAAAAGAAAUUUAUAAAAAAAAAAAAGAAAAACAAUCGACUUGGAUUUGGUUUUGAAUCUUUUUGGUAGAAUAUUAUAUUUUUGAACGUAAAAUGAGUAUUUUGCUAUAAGUUUGAAGAUUUUGUAAGUGUUGUGAUAAAUGAUUGUUUUUUUUUUAUUUUUCAUGGGACAGCUUUC